AGCUAUAUAGCACACAUCAACCAUGCAUGACAUAAGAAGCUGAUUUGAAGCUCCAAAAUGAAAUAGCCAAUAAAAAGCAAAGGACUUCCUUUGGUAGCAGGGCAGUGUUUUAACAAGGGAGAGGUGGAUAAGGAAACAGGCUUUAUUAUCUUAUUCCUUAAACCUGUCUCUAUGAUUUCGUGGUUUCGUUCGUUGUAUGUGUGGGGUUUGGAACAAAACUAAGGCAAUACUUGGAAUUGUCGUAAACUAAGUUCUUCCACUGUAACAUUGUGAACCGUAAAACAUGAGCUCCUAUUUCGUGAACCCUAUCUUUUCCAAGUGCAAAGGCAGUGAAACGUUGGAACCAACUUACUACAACUCCAGGUUCCCUCAAGGAGUCACCCGGAGACACGCGCUGGUGUACGGUGCGGGAGCGGCGACGACGGGAUUUCAGCACCCGCCCCAUCACGUCCAAGACUUCUUUCACCAUAGGACGCCGGCGAUCUCCACACCAGGCUACCAGCAGAAUCCAUGCGCCUUGGCUUGCCAUGGAGAUGGCACUACAUUUUAUGGAUACGAAGCCCUUCCAAAACAAACGCUUUAUGGUACCCAACAAGAGGCAAGCGUGGCGCUAUACCCAGACUGUAAAUCGUCAAAUGGCACUAACCUCGGAGAAGGACAAGGCCACCUAAAUCAAAACCAGUCACCUAGUCUCAUGUUUCCAUGGAUGAGACCCCACGCCCCCGGAAGACGGUGUGGCCGACAGACCUACAGUCGAUACCAAACACUGGAGUUGGAGAAGGAAUUUCUAUUCAACCCUUACCUCACCCGUAAGCGUCGGAUCGAGGUGUCUCACGCUUUAGGACUGACGGAGCGGCAGGUGAAGAUUUGGUUCCAAAACCGAAGGAUGAAGUGGAAAAAGGAGAACAUCAAGGACAAAUUUCCGUGUCAAAGAGUAGAGACGGAGAACGAGGGUAAUGGUGAUGGUGAGGGAGAGGGAAAGGGAGAGGGAGGGCGUGAUGAUGAAGGCAAUGAUGAUGGUGAAGGAGAAGAAGGAGACAAAAAGGAAACGGGAGAUGAAGAGGAGGCGAAGGAGUGAUUUUUAUUGCUCUUUCUUUUUAUGGUUAUAUGGCUUAAAAGUUGAAAGAUGGUCCCGGGAGAAGGAGAUCACAUUUUAUCACCACCGUUUUAUUGAGUCAACAAGAUGAGAGAAAAAAACUGUUCUGGAUUCCAGCAAAUGGCUCUCUCUAUGAGGAUAAUAACUACUAAUAAUGUUUAGCUUAUACAGUCUCCAAACGCUGCAAAGGUUCUCAUAACAUUCAAAUUCUUUGUACUUUUUUUUCCUCGAGUAUUUUUUAUGUGGAUUUGUGUGUGUGUAUUGGGAUGAUGGGACUUUUAUUUGAUUCAUAACUGCCAGUUCCAAAGGUGGGAAAAUGGGUGGCAGUUGGCUCAGUGGUUAAAUUCGUUCGGCCAGUAAGGGAUAUUUCAUGUUGUUGUUUCUCAAAUAUCAAUCUAUACGCCUAUUAUUUUCACAAAUAUAGGCUUACUAUUGUGUAUUGUAAUGUAGCCUAUAUUUUGUAAACAUUGUGAGCGCUGUCUGUUCUUUUGAUCGCAAAUGGUCCCGGGCCUAUUCAAUCUGAUAUCAAAACAAAACAAAUCGGAAAUUCGACAUAUGUAGAAUAUUUCUUGAUUCUUUACCUAAUUCUGAAAAAUGUAAGAUUCUAGAAGGCAGUAAUAAGUUAUGUUGAUGUGAUUAUUAGCCUAUAUUGGUUUUAAUAGACCGGGAACUCUUUACUACCUAAGAUGCACUUGGAGGCGAUGUUAAAAUCUACCAAGAAAACGGUUUUGUCAUUAGCAAUGUUGAUCUAUCCAUUCUCACUGAAGGGACAAGCCAGUGCAAUGAUAGGCCUAUAACACAUUAUAUUGCAUUUGAUUGCACAAUACUUAUGGUGUUACUUGUGGCGGUAUAGUAGGACCUAUAUUGAUCUUCGAAACAAAUGUCUCUGCGCCAUACUACCUAGCCAGCUAAAGGACGGUGUAACAACAAUUGGUGUCCCAACAACUUAAACUGCCUUAAGUAAUGCACAUUUAUUUAACCAAUAUGUUAUAAUUGAACAAAGAAUUGUACUUCAGCUUUUCAAUACCAUUAGCCUACAAUAUUGUACUGAUGCAAUAGACUCGUUUUUUAUUGCACUGAAUAUGACCUCUGUAUGUCUUCGUAUUUCUUGUUGUAUGAAUCAGCUUGAUUUCUUCUGUUUCAAGUUAAAGGAGGGGAGGUUGGUUGCGAGUGCACACACACUUGAUUUCUUAUGUUUCAAGUUAAAGGAGGGGAGGUUGGUUGCGAGUGCACACACACAUGAUUGGCAUGAACAUGUUCAAAUAAAUGGAAAAACAUUUGAA